CACCGCGCUGGCCGCGCAAGGCAUUGCGUCGUCAUCAGUGCUGGGUCCGACCCAGUACGGCAGCGCCGCCCCGGUCCCCCCUGCGGCUGCUCCUGCCGAGUACUGGCGACACGUGGCGGCGGUGGCGGCAGCCGGCGGCAGCUGCAGCGGCGGACUGCAGGGCGUGCAGGUGCUACCGCCCUGCGUUGCGGAGUACCCUUACUCCUCCUACCUGCAACUCCAGCAGCAACAACAGCAGCAGCAACAACAACAGCAGCAACAACAAGCCGCCGCGACUGCAGCGUUACAGCUCCAAGCUGCUUACUUGCAGCAGCAGCAACAACAACAACAACAGCAGCAGCAGCAACAACAGCAAUACCAGACACAGCAGCUUCAAUUGCCCUUCGCAGCCAGCUCGGGCCACUCCAUGACCGCAAACGCUCUGGCUGCCACCACGGCUGCCACAUCCUCCUCUGCAGCCGCUUCAGCUCCUCCCCAAGGGCUGACGCUCAACGGUGCAGCGUUUAACACAGCUCAGCUGCUCCAACUCUUGCAGCAACAGCAGCAGCAACAGCAGCAGCAGCAACAACAGCAACAACAGCAGCAGGCGGCUAUGACCCCCGCAGCGCUGAGUGACCCGGCGCUAGCUGCAGCCGCAGCCACGGCGUUGCAGCUGCUGCAGCUGCCUGCCAGCCUCCGGGCCCUGGCAGCAGCGGGCAUCAUGCCCAGCCUGCUGCACCCCCCGCCGCAACAACAGCACCAGCAGCUGCUGCUGCAGCAUGCGCUACACCUAGGAGGAGGAGGAGGAGGAGGAGGAGCAUACCCACCACCACCCAACAUGUUGGCCCAGAACUACGGAGGUUCUAGGCUGCUGGCUGCCAUGUUGCCGCAGGUCAUGGCGGGCGCUGGAGGGCCCUACGCAGCGGCGCCGGAGUCUGCAGCAACGGCCGCGGCUCUCACGGCGGCUGCUGUCGCCGCUGCGGCGAUGAGCCAGCCUGCUUCAUACCAGCCAGCAGCCCUACCUUCCCAGCAGCAGCAGCAGCAGUUGCCACAACAGCUGUUAGCUGCUGCUGCUGCUGGGUAUAACGGCGCUGCUGCUACUGCUGCUGCUGCUCCUCACCUCGCCUACUCGCUGCAGCGGUAUCAGCAAGAUUACACCAACACGACCCCACUGCUCCAGGCGCUCUCACAGCAGCAGCAACAAGGGGUGCAGCAGCACGGACAGCAGCAGCAGCCAAACCGGUCACAGCAGCCACCGGGGCAGCAGCAGCAGCAGCAGUUACAAGGCCAACAGCAGCAGCGACAACAACAACAGCAACUCCAAGCACAAGAAGGGGGCCUGAGGAAUGAUGGGAGCCUCCGAACGGCUAACCAGGAGGAUACCAACAACUAUGGUGGCGACGGCAUGAAGAAUGUUGUUGCUGCAGACCAGCAGCAGCCUUCUCCCGUGCCGCUGCACUGCUUGCGGGAACAGCAACAGCAGCUGCAGCUGCUGCAGCCACCCCAACCGCAGCCGAGCCUCUCCGCUGCUGCUUCAGCUGGCGGUGAGGCUGGCCCCCCAGGCUCUGACGGCCCCGGCCCUGCCGACUCCCCAGGCGCGCUGACGCCGCUAGAACGCUGGCAAUCCCUGGGCCGAGCUCCUUCCCUCACCUCACAGCUUGCCUCCUCACCCUCCUCGCCCCCCCCACCACCACCACCGCCGCCACCGCCGCCUCCUGCAUCUGGCUGCUCUGGGCUGCCUGCCGGUGCUGGCGGCGGCGGCGCCGCUACGCAGCCUCCCAAGCAUGCGAGCUCCCUUUUCUGCUGCGAUACACCCACCCAACCGCCGCCUCCGCCGCAACGGAGGCCUGACCCCAACGGCAACAACGGUAACGGCGAGAACGGCAUGGGCGGACCCAGCUCUGCCUCCAGGCCGGUAGCUGAUCCGCUGCCCACCUCAGCUGCGGUGGCUGCUGCUGACGCCUCCCGCAGUUUGUACGGCAGUCCCCCCGGGCAAGAUACAGGCGUUGUUGUCGCUGACGAUGAUGACUUGUACGGCAUCACGGUUGCUGACGCGACGGCGCCGCAGUCGCCACAAUCGUUUACCCGCGGCAGCGGCGGUGGCGGAGCGGGAGGAGGUGGAGGAGGCAUGUUGACGGGUUCUGAGUCUGAAACCGACUCGGGCUGCCAUUCACCUUCCCCCACCCUGGGGGAGGUUGAGGACACCAGCCCUGUACCCUCCGGCAUCGCUCCCUUUGCCCCCGCCCCUGGAGCCGCCUCCAUGGCCGCAGCAUCAGCAGCUGGCCUGCCACCUGCAGCCGCCCUCCUCUUCCUAGGCAUGCAGCACCCGCAGCAGCAGCAGCGGCUCAUCCCCAUGGCCUCCACGCUGCCCCCGCCGCCAGCCGCCAACCCUCUUCUCACACGCCUCCUUCCCCACCACCCGGCGUCAAUGGCACUGCCACCACCACCACCACCACAUGCAGCACACCUCCCCACUCUGCUUCCACCGCUACAGCUGCCACUGCCACUGCAGCUCCCGCCCCACGCCAUCCUCGGCCCAGCCGCAGCCUGUCACCCUCCCAUCGGCUUGCCGCUAGCAAGCGACCACCACCACACGUCCGGCGGUGGCGGCACGGAUGCCUCUCUGGGUCCCUCCGCCUGCUCUCUGUCGCAGCUGCAGCGGCGGCGCUCGCUGGUGGAGCGGCGGGAGCGGCGCAAGGAGAGCAACCGCGCGAGUGCACGGCGGUGCAGGCUGCGGCGCGAGACGGACGCAUGCGAGCUGGGGCGCCGGGCGGAGGUGCAGGAGGGGCAGAACGCAGCGGUGGCGGCGCAGGUGGCGAGACUGGAGCAGGCGACACGGAUGCUGGUGGACCAAAACGGUGUGCUAGAGGCAUGGCUGGCGCACAUCCAGACUGCCGGCGAGGGAGCCGCUGCCGCCGCCAUCACCAUUCUGAGCUACGUACGGCAGUUGGACGAGCAGAUGGCGGCGGCAGCUGCGGCGGCCGCCAGCGUGCAGCCCACCCACCUACCACAGCAACAACAACAGCAGCAGGCGUCCGCAGCCCAUGCUUCUGCUGGUGCUGCCGGUGCUGGUGUUGCUGGUGCAAGGCAGCCCCAGGUGCAGUACACGGGCGCUCCGGCGGAUGAGGCAGGAGGGGGCCCGGAGGCAGCCAUGCAGGCGCAGCAGGCGGGGGGCCCACAGCAGGUGGGGCAGCAGCAGCCACAGCAGCACGGAAACCCCAUCCGGCCGCAGCAACAGCAGCCGCAGCAGCUGACGCCACCGCAGCAGCCGUGCAUGGUGGGGUGCUUCGGUCCACAGGGAUUCCCCGAGGCGCUCUGGACGCGGCUGACUGACCCCGCUGCUGCUGCUGCUGCCGCUUUUGGCGCUGGUGGGGUAGCUCUGCAUGGUGUUGGGGGGGUGGC